AUGGAUCAGCAAGGAGUUGACAUCAAAAAUAAGAAAACUACUGCUCCUACACCUCAAAACACACCCAUCAACACAGCACCCAUUAGCUCUCCAUUCAACCCCUCCAUCGCAGCCAUCUCUGAAGAAAUGGAAACUAUUACUACUCCUGGUGUUAUGAACAUGCUUCAAGGUAAAUUAGGAUACCUUAGUGGUGAAGCCAACCUGCCUCCUGCCGUCAAGCGCCGUAUCAACGGCUUAAAAUAUCUUCAAUCCAAGCACACCGAAUUGGAAGCAAAAUUCCAAAUGGAAAUCUUGGCUUUAGAGAAGAAAUAUCUCGAGUUAUAUCGUCCUUACUACGACAAGCGUGCCGACAUUAUCCGUGGUAAGUACGAGCCUACCGAAGAAGAAGUCGCUAUCGGUGCCAAGGUGGAUGAAGAAGAAGGAGAAGACGCUGGCGAAACGGAGGAAGCCAACCAAGAGGAAAAGGAAGCCGAAGAUAAGCAAAUGGAAGACGUCAAUGAGGAUGAUGAGGACAAUUUGAACGGUAUCCCCGAGUUCUGGUUGACGGCUCUCAAGACACAUCCUCAAAUUGGUGAAACUAUCUCUGAUGAAGAUGGCGAUGCUUUGAAGCAUUUGAUCGAUAUCCGUGUCCACUAUCUGGAAAAGCCCGGCUUUUGUUUAGAAUUUGAAUUCGAAGAAAACGACUUCUUCACUGACAAGGUCCUUACCAAGACCUACUAUUAUCAAGACAAUAUUUCUGGCGGUGAUUAUGUCUAUGAUCGUGCUGAAGGUUGUAAGAUCCACUGGAAGGAAGGUAAAGAUUUGACAGUGACCGUUGAAACCAAGAAGCAACGUCAUAAGGGUACCAACAAGACACGUGUCGUCAAGCGCACUGUUCCUGCCGAAACUUUCUUCAACUUUUUCAAUCCUCCUGUUCUACCCGUUGACGACGCUGACCUUGAUGAAGAAGAAGCUGAAACGCUUGAUGCCAAGUUGGAAGCCGAUUAUGAAAUGGGUGAAGAAUUCAAGGAAAAGAUCAUUCCUCAUGCUGUUGAUUUUUUCACUGGCAAGGCUCUUGACUAUGAAGAUUAUGAUGAGGAGGACGAUUUUGAGGAUGACUUUUUCUCUGAAGAUGAUGACGAGAACAGCGAUGACAUUGACGACGAUGAAGACGACGAUGAUGAUGCUGCUCAACCUGUGAAGGACGAAAACGCUCCUGAAUGUAAACAGUCUUAA